UGCGGCACCAACCAAUGGCAUCCACUUCCUUAGAGACUGGGUGGUCACAUGGUGUAAUCAGCCGGCAGCAGGACCCCUUCCACUUCUCCUUCCCCUACACAGCUGCUCGCUGGCUGGGCGCCGCUGCACUUUAUUUUGCUACUGCUCUAUCUUAUACUACGAGGCCAUUUCCUGUUGACAGGCUUAGAAGGAAAAACAAAAAAAACACUGCUACAUUUGGAGUGGAGAAUAACCUCAGGAUGUUUAAAUUAAUCUCCAAAUCUUCUGGGGGAUAAAAUAAUGUCUAUUUUUUUCACUGAACUUGGAUGCAUCAGAGCAAAUGGCUGAUUUUGAAUGCUAUGUAAUGAGAUAUGGCCACAGAAUAUACAUAGCCUCUGUAUUUAUCUGUAGAUUUUAAGGAGUACAGUAAACACUGUCAUGUCAAGGAGAAGCUAUGACAGACCCUUACCUUUAUAUGCCUACACACCAUACACAAUCUUCAUCUUCUCUUAAGAAUGAUCUUGUGACAAGCAGAGAAGAAAACCUCGGAGCUAUUGAUGCUUAUUUCCCCACCGUUCAUGGCCAGUAUGCAUCUCCUCAUUUUAUGGAUGAAGUCUCAAGUGAUGAUGGCAACUUCACAGAUAAUGAUAUUGCAACAGAUGAUACAAAGAUAGAAUAUAUGCUACUUAAUAUUAAGGAGGAAUCUGCCUCAGGUGAUGAAGGGCAUGUCACAGAUCUCUAUGCACCUGCAAACUGUACACAGUUAUACUGUACAUCUAUACCUGUUAAGGAGGAAUCUGUUUCAUGUGAUGAAGAAAAUCUCACAGGUACUGAUGUUUUUACCACAGAUGACUCAAAGAUAGAAUACACUUUAGUUCACAUUAAGGAGGAAGCCAGUUCAGAUGAAAAUGAAAGUUUCACAAAUACUGAUUUUUGUACUUCUAUAGAACAGACCCAACACACAUCGGCUUGUGGAGAGAAGCGCAACAACAAUGUCCGCAGACCUCGGCCUGAUGCAAAUCGCUUUUCAUGUUCUUUGUGUGGAAAGCAUUUUAAGCAUAAUUCAAAUUUAAUUCUCCACAGGAGAAUUCACACAGGAGAGAAGCCAUUUUUAUGUGCUGAAUGUGGGAAAGGUUUUAUCAGUAACUCGGAACUUGUUAUGCAUCAAAGAAUUCACACUGGAGAGAAACCAUAUUCUUGCUCUGAAUGUGGGAAAAGUUUUUCCCGCAAAUCCUAUUUGGUUAAACAUCAGAGGAUUCACACUGGCGAUAUGCCAUGUAUUUGCGCUGAAUGUGGAAAACGUUUUAGACUUAAGGCACAUCUGUCCAGACAUCAGAAAAUUCACACUGGAGAGAAACCAUUUUCUUGCUCUGAAUGUGGGAAAUGUUUUAUCAGUAACUCCGAGCUUGUUAUACAUCAAAGGAGUCACACAGGAGAGAAACCUUAUUCAUGUUUGUACUGCAAAAAAUGUUUCAUUAGUACCUCAGAUCUUGUUGUGCAUCAGAGGAUUCAUACAGGAGAAAAACCGUAUUCAUGUUCAGAAUGUAAGAAGUGUUUUAUUAGUAACUCGCAUCUUGUUAGACAUCAGAGAAUUCAUAAAGGAGAUAAACCAUAUUUCUGUGCUGUAUGUGGGAAAUAUUUUGUAAGUAAUUCUGUUCUUGUUGCACAUGAGAGAAUUCAUACCGGCGAGAAACCAUUUCUUUGUUUAGAAUGUGGGAAAUGUUUUAACAGUAACUCUGUUCUAGCUAUACAUCAGAGAAUCCAUACAGGAGAGAAACCUUAUUCCUGUUCUGAGUGUGGAGAAUGUUUUAGGCACAACUCAAAUCUUACCAGACAUCAGAGAAUUCACACUGGAGAGAAACCAUAUUGUUGUUCUGACUGUAACAAAUGCUUUAUCAGUAACUCCGAUCUGGUUAUACAUCAGCAGAGAAAUCACACCGGGGUAAAACCAUAUUGCUGUUCUGAAUGUGGAAAAAGUUUUAUCAGUAAGUCCGUUCUUGCUACACACAAGAAAAUACACUCUGGAGAGAAAACCUGUUUUUGUGUGGAAUGUGGGAAAUGCUUUGGGCAUAACUCCAAUCUUAUUAGACAUCAAAGAAUUCACUCUGGUGAAAAACCAUAUUCUUGCUCCGAUUGUGGGAAACUGUUUGCCCAAAAUUCACAUCUUUCUAGUCACCGGAAAGUUCACAAAGGAGAUAAAUUAUAAUUGAUGUUUUAGAUUGGGGAAAUAUAUUAGUACAUUGAUUCUUUUAAAGAAUUUGAAAAUGCCACAGUAGACUCUAUUGGGGGCAAUUCAGUUGCUAGUGCCAGUGGGAUCAGAUGCCAGUGGUACCCAUUAUUUCUUCUUGCAUCCUCCUGAGAUGGCGACCAGAAAUCUGCCUAAAGUCGGGCUUUUGAGCACCCAAACUUGGCAUGCAAAGUAGAUAGCACAGGUUUAGCUUAACCCAGUGCAUUUGAGUGCAACAUGCGCAAUAAGUAAUUGGUGCCCAUGGCACUUACACCCAUUGACAAAAACAAUUAAAAUCCCCCCUCCAUAUUUGUGCAUUGUAGGUAGGUUACCCCUUAUACAGCUGUAGUUAUAUUUGUGUUUUGUGUGUAAGCAUGUUCAUCUGAACUCAGUUUAUUUUAGUGAUUCUAAUUAAAUUAAAGUGGCGGAGUAAUUAUGAUUUGAUGCAUGUUCCACCUUGUACCCCAUUAGCUGUAUGUCUACAAUACGUGUAAAAGAGCAAACCAGUCACUUUGUCUUACACUAUCCAUUGUAGAUCUGCAAUUCAAAUACGGUUAUCUUAUUGACAGUAUGUACUUUUAGAAAGUAAAAAGGAGCACACCUGUGUUGGAGAAAGCGUGAAAGUGCCCUGUAUUUUCUGUUAAAUGUGGAUCCAAAAUAAGAUACAUCAUGCCCAUCAUAAACAGAAUACACACAAUACAUACUUUUAUUAUUUGGAAUGCCACAUUAGUUAUUGAUUUAAUCCAGUGUACCACAGAAUGUGAAGGGAAGUCUCUUAUCGGAUAGUGUUCUGGCUAAUUUCACAAAGUGUCUUCUUUUGCAAGUUAUUGUUUCUCUUUAGAAAUUUAAACGGCAGUAAUAUUAAGUGCAACCCAUGCUGUGCCUUGCAAUUAAUAUUAUUGCUAUAUCAUCAUAUUGUAGCCCUUUAUAUUAGAAUUGGUCUU